UAUGCAACAUCAUUUAAUAGCUGAGUAACCUGAGUUUCUAGUUUGUAGUAGAUUAUAUUAUGGUCAUUAUAUCGAGAUACAUAUUAGUUUUGCAUGAUUUUUCUUUAUCGAUUAUAAGUUAUUCUGUGACAAUCUAUCUGGGAAUUAUUUUAACAGGCCAAAAAUAUUUAAUAAUUUUUUUAUACUGAUUCCUCUAACUGUAUAACAUGUGAUCUUGUUGAAAUAUAGCUUAAAAUAUAUAUCAUGGAAGGUUGCGUUGAAAACCCACCAUUCUAAUGUGAAAAGAUAGAAGAACUAUGCUUAUUAAAUAUGUUGUGUUAAUGCUUUCUGUACCAGUCUUACAACUCCAUGCUUCUUUGGGUUAAUUAAAUUUGGAAUUGAUUCACAAUUGACUUGUUAUUUUCCUAACCCUUUGUAGAUCAAACAGCCGUAGCAUCACAAUGAUAAGAAUUAUCUGAGAAGUGCAAAGAGAAGAAUGUUAUUAGAUUUUUAUUGAAAAUAGCACAUGUAUAUUAAAUGAAACAUAGGAGUGCAGUGUCUUUGAAAGUAGAAGUACCAACUUAUUUUACUAAUUAGGAUUUUACGCUCUCGAACCCUGGUUAUAAUACUAUAUAUUUUUUUGUGCUUAAUUGAAUGCAUCAAGUAUACUUAAUGAAGCAUGAAUUCUUCAAACUGCUUGUCAUGUCCAUUGUGCUCAUAUCAGACUCUUAACAGUAGCCUCUUAUUUCUUGACACACAUCAGGUACUUGAAAAAAAUAUUAGGAUCUGUAUAACUGACAUAAAUAUUAACUUACGAUGCAUGUAUAUAUUUUAUAAACACACAUAUACAUUUGAUUUUUAUUUUCUGUAUACAUUUAUGAUACAUGCAUGUUUAUUUUCUAUCUUUGAAUUGCUGUAUUGAUGUGUAUGUAUUGUGUUGUGUGCAUGUCCAUGCUUUAUAAACUAUACUACAAACUAGUAUUAUAUGAUUACUGCAAUCAAAUUACCUAUUUAUUGUUCUCAGAUAUCAGAUCAUUGAUCUGGGUGUGUGUUUGUGCGAGUAUUGUGUUUGGUUCAUUGAUAUUCUACUGAGUUUUUGUAAGCACAUUGACUCUAUGUUUAAGUGCUAGAGGAUUGUGAUUAAGCUGUUACUGUUACCUUAAUGAGAUGAAGAAACUUGCACGGGCUAAUCCAAGCUCUAAAACCUUCCUAUGUGCAGGUUAUUCCAUUUCAAUCUUUAGAUGCCACUCCCUUUUAUAGAUUAAAGAUGUCCAUUCAUAUUAAAAUUUUGUUUUUGUGCUGUAUAUUUGUAAUGCCAAUGACUAUAACAAAAGGAAAACUAAAUCAUGGAUUUUAUGAAGUGUCGCUUGAAUAGUAUAAUCCAGAUUAUUCUAAAUAACUGUUUUAGUUGGGAGAAAUACCAUAACUUUCCAUUAUUGAUGGCUAAUAUCAGGUUGAUAGCUCUUUGCUAUAUUGUUCUUACUUCUUACAAAAGACACUAGGAAUACUGUUUCUUGAAUAUGUUUUAUAUUGACUAGCAAUGGAGUUGUGUUUCCCUUCAACUCUAAUCUAUAUUUAUUUCUUCCUCUGCUUAUGCAUGAGGUAUUUGGUUUUGAAAUGAUUUGUCAUUCUUUGCUGAUGUCAGAGAGUCAUGAACUAUGGUCUUACCAUGACACACUGAUGUUUUCACGGUACACAAAAGGUGAAAUAUGGAAAGGUCGGGUUUCCUGGCACAGAAAUUACAGCUAGGAAUACAAUAAUAGCUAGUGGAUCUGUUCCCUUUGUACCUACUGGCAUUGAAGUGGAUGGUUAACUUUAUUUUCUCUGACUCAUUUAGUUGGAAAUUAGUCAACUAUGCAUGUACAUAAGUGCAUGAUACUGUUGCUGAUGUUGGAAAAUUUUCAUGUGAAAAUGAUGGAAUUCUGCUUUGGUGUUUGUACUUCCUUCUUGUAUUUGGUUGCAGAGAUGAGGAAAUAUUAAUAUAUAAUAACCAAAAGAACUAUUAUGUAUGUUUUGUUCAUAAUUUUUGUUCUGCUUUUUUGGUACGUUUUUCUGAUUUUUUUUUUCAGAUGUUCUACUAUAUAAAUUUCCAACUCAAAUUCAUGAUUAGACAUUCUUCAACAAUCAACAUGGACUUGUAGUGCAUUUUAGAUGGACAUUACUGUUUCCAAGAUAUUGUAGAAAAUAUCGUGAUUUAUGUAUAAUAGGCUUUUAUUCAUGUGAAAUACAGCCUAUGGGUUUCAAAAUUGUUGGCAUAUUAUACCAAUAUCCAAAUGUUUCGAUAUGGGAUGUGUUUACUUUUUUGUUUUGAUGCAGUUGUUACUUUUUUGUCCUUGUGUACUUAUACCACAAUUAUGGAUAACUUGUAAGAUUUCAGUGUAUCUUUAUAUGUACUAGCUUUAAUUUUUUUUUACCCAAGUACCAUGAAAAAAAAAAAAAGGUUGAUCAUACAUCUCCGUUUCUUUCUGCAACCAGGAACAACAUUAUGGUUCUCAAUUUCUACUGUUCCUUGAUAUUGACUUUUAAUUUACAGAUAAUGGUUUCUUUUUUAUUUGUUUUAAUCCUUUGUAUCUUGGCAGAUAUGCUUUCUAUUUUCUAUGAAUUUGAUUUAUCUACUAUAGGUUAAUCCAAGUAUUCUUUUGUCAUUCUUAUUUGAUUAAUUUAGUUACUUUUAAUUUAUCGGGUGGUACAUGUACGGAAAACUGUAUUCACUAGUGAUCAUGCACUCAAGCUGGAGCGGGUGCCAGAUUGGAUAGCUAUUGUAGGAAGUGGUUAUAUUGGACUUGAAUUUAGUGAUGUGUACACUGCCCUUGGUAGUGAGCCUCAAGCAAGGGAGAAAGGUGAGAAGGAUAGGUUUGAAGUACGUGUUGCCAAGACUAGUUUCAAGGCUAACACAAAAGCUCUGGCAGAGAAUGAAGUUGAUAUACAGACCUGAUAAAGGGGAGAUCCGUGGAGUUCAUAUUUUAGGGCUGCAUGCUGCAGACCUCAUCCAUGAGGCAUCAAAUGCGAUAGCCCUGGGAACACGUCUACAGGAUAUAAAAUUUGCCGUUCAUGCGCAUCCAACUUUAUCUGAAGUUUUACACGAACUCUUCAAAUCUUCUAAGGUUAAUGUUGGUGUCCCGUCUUCUGUAAGUCAACCAGUUGCAGCCAAACCAGUCUUUAGAUGAUCUCGGUUAUCAGGAGGAAGCCUUCUCAAAUACCUUAUAACACAUCAAGAAUCUCAUCUUUGUUUUCACUGAAGAUAACGAAUUCGUGGAAAGCUCAGUGGAGCUCUGCUGUUGCUGCUACCGACGGAAGGAGAGGUUUUUUCUCUUUCUUCUUGUUUUACACGUUUAUUUUGACCACUAAACAGGCUUAUUUAAAAGGUGGCAUGGCAAGUGUUUUGCCUUUGUCUAUAGAUCGUGAUAGUUCCACGUUUAUUGGAUUGUUUUGU